CAAGUACACCAAGCAGAUCAUAAUGACAUCGUAAGCCCAGUCACGGUCUCGGUGUUCUCGCCUGAACAGACCAUGUCUCGACCUCGCGAAGACCAUGGAAAGGGGCGAGACUUGGGGGCGCUGUCAGCGGCCAUGAUGACUGUCGACAACGGCUUUGAGAACCAAUGGUGGUAUCAGGGGGGGCGAGAGACGGUGGAGAAAGAUGAACUGGCGCCGCAGACUCCAAGCCUUCUAAACCGCUUCUCGACCGGAUCUAUGCCCGAAUCUCCAAUGCAAGGCCGUAUGGAGGACAUGGGUUCAUUCGCUGCGGCGACUUCACACGUCUCUCCCCUGGAUGGCUCCAUGAGCCCCCCGUCAGGCUUCCUGUCGCUUCAUCGAUCAAUGUCGACCAGGUCGGAGGAGCUUUGGCUCUCGGAAAGGGGCAACCGUCAGUCGACGUUCUAGGGAGACCCCCUAUUACUCCACUACCCUAAUACUUACUCCUUCGGAGGAGACGACACGCAAAUCAUCAUGGUAGGAGUUCUUUUUUUUUUUUUUUUUUUUGGAGCCGGUCAAAGGAUGGAGCGGCAGGCAACUUUGAGUCGGCAGUGGACUUGCUACAACCUGGAAGAAACUAAAAAAGCAUCGCUUGGGUCAACAUGGGCAUUGGGAAGGUGUAUUUCAUAUUUGGCGUUUGGGUAUUUAGUCACUUAUUGGGCGGAUCUGUGAUUUCUUAUGGUACGACGGAGGAUAUUCCCCUAUUAGCCUUUGGUUUUUUUCUUUUUCUUCUGUACUACUACUUUAACUAGACAUGACGACGAAAUACAUGGCGACUUUGUCUUGUUUA